UCUAUGUUACCACUGCGAGAGUAGACAUAAACAAAAGACGGGCUCUGAAAUAUCAAUGUUUUUGCUGCCGAAAUUGCGGCCAAGUUGGAUACGAUCAUUGUAUCUCAUAAAUCUGACAUUAGCUUAUUGGAUCCGUUAGUUCCAUGGCCAUGCAUAGCGACUUAUCGUUGCGAGUAAGUGUUUUCUCCGAGCAAGGAGGAAGAAAAUACAUGGAGGAUGUUACCGAGGUGGUGUUGGAGUACGAGCCGAGCGAGGACGAGCUUGGCUCGGUCGGACAUGGGGACUCAAAGGCGGACUUCCAUCCUGAAGAUCAGCUUGUUGAGCAGCCCUCCUCUCAUGUAGCAGAUUCUCUCUCCAAAACAGAAACUUCACCCGUCACUGUUGUGUGGACACAGCAAAUAACCACAGAGGAACAGGUUGAUAAUGCCAGUGUAGACAUUAACGUUAACUGUGCAGAGGAAACGGCUACACGGUUAUCGCAACCAAAGGCAGAAUCUGCAUCGGAGUCACGGAGGUCUGUGGCAUUUUUUGCCGUUUUCGACGGUCACGGAGGUCGGGAGGCAGCACAUUUUGCUCGGGAUCACCUAUGGGAUUUUAUAAAAAAGCAACGGGGAUUUUGGUCCAAAGACUACAGGGAUGUAUGCGUUGCUAUUCGAAAGGGUUUCAUAGCCUGUCAUCAUGCAAUGUGGAAAAAGCUCCCUGAAUGGCCAAAGACCAUUACUGGUCUUCCAAGCACCUCUGGCACAACAGCCAGCGUUGUAGUGAUCCGUGGAGACCGCAUGUAUGUGGCUCAUGUGGGAGAUUCAUCUGUUGUGCUCGGGGUCAGGGAAGAUCCCAUGGACAAGGCCAUCAAAGCUGUGGAGGUCACACAAGACCACAAGCCAGAGCUUCCCAAAGAGCGGCAACGGAUCGAAGGCCUUGGUGGCAGUGUGGUGAAGAAGUCGGGGGUGAACCGUGUGGUGUGGAAGAGGCCCAGGCUGACUCACAAUGGGCCCGUGCGAAGGAGCACAGUCAUAGACCAGAUCCCGUUCCUUGCUGUUGCUCGAGCUCUUGGUGAUCUGUGGAGUUACGACUUCUACAGCGGAGAGUUUGUGGUGAGCCCGGAGCCAGACACCAGUGUGGUGACCCUGGACCUCAGACGGCACCGUUACAUCAUUGUGGGCAGUGACGGUCUGUGGAACAUGGUGCCCCCCCAGGAAGCCGUCACAGUGCUGCAGAGCCACGACGAAGCAGCGGCUCCGUUUGGCAUGUCCUGUGCGCGGAGGUUAGGCUGCCACGCUCUCCUGCGGUGGCGCCAGCGAAUGCUCCGCGCCGACAACACCAGCGUCAUCGUCAUCGCCCUGCCCGAGCCGGGCAAGCCGCAGCUGCCCGUGCACCGCGACGAGGUCAUCCUCAACCUGGCCGAGGGUCCCCAGCACGACCCGCCGGGCGACUCCCGUGCCGACACGCCGCUGAUCAAGCAGACUCCUGAUCCGGUCAUCGUGUUCCCAUCAGGCGACUCCCCGCCCCCUUUAGAGCGAGCCAAUGGCCUGACGGGGGUCAGCCUCUGUGACCUGUCAGAUUCCUUGGCCGGAUCAGACCCUGAGGACUCCGGCCUCUCGAGCACUGCCCUGACCGGCUGGCUGGACGUAGGGGAACAGGAACGGACCCCGGGGCCCUAUGUUGCCGCUGCUGCUGCUGCCCCUGCUGCCCCUGCCCCUGCUGCUGCUGCUGCCCCGUCCCUCUCGGGACCUGUGAUCAAGCGGGCCCGCAGGGGCAUCCAGCGCUCCCUACACCACCCUUACCGCCGCCGCAACCCCGAGCGGACAUGUCUGAAGCGCGGCGGUGGCGGUGGCGGUGGUGGCGGUGGCCGGGCUCAGAAACGAGCGCCCAACGUCUCCCCCAUCCUGCAGCAGCAGCAUCGGAAGGCAGCUCUGUGUGUGUGCUGAGCGCCAGCAAGUGCAUCUCCCUUUCUCUCUUUUCUCUCUCUCUGUCUCUCUCUGUCUCUCUCUCUCUCUUUCUCUCUUUCUCUGUCUGUUUUGCUCACACACACACAGACAUGUACAUAUAUGUAAUUCAGAGACUUGCCUCUCUGUAUCCAUUCUUGAGAAAAUGUUAUGAUCACAGGUAAGGUUGAACAAGCAAUGUUGUUGUAAACAUUUUAUGGACAUUACAUUAUGGUUACCUUUUAAAAUGUUGCUACUUUCAGAAUACUUUUACAUGACCUCUUGUUCAUAAUUGGCUGUCCUUUGCUGAAGAGUGUUGGUGAUUCAUUUGAACUGAUGACUAUGACAGCCAAACAUUUUUAAUUAAUUUUAAAAAGCACAGCCCCCAGCUAAAUCAAUAUGAAUUAUCAUGAGUGCCUGUGUCAUCAUGAUGCCUAUGUUUUGUUUUUUUAUACAUUUGUUAACUUGUCUUUUUAUAUCUUGCUUGCAAUUGUUUGCUGAUAUUCUCGGUGGAUUUUUGUUGAAUGUGUAUGAAAAUACAUUCACAUAUGCUUUUGCUUUAAAAAUCUAAUUGGAAAUAAACAAAGCCCUCAUCUUUAUGCUCAGUUAUACUUCACAUGUAGUUUUUAAACCGAUUUAUGGAUACAGACACGCAGCAAAUUCUAGCAGCAGUAAUGUAAAUAUGAGGAAAUGUUAUCCAGGUAUUUAAUGGUGAUUGAUAAACGGAUGAACACAACUUCAGCUCUCAAGUACUGUAUGAGUAUUCUAAAAAUAGCCUGAAUACGUGAGUCAUUUUGCCUGUUCAGGGCGCAAAUGACCAUAUGUAGGACCAUGUAACAAGUAUUCAUGCACUAAAACCUAAGAGAAAUGCUCCUCAUUUUUGAUAACUCAUGGGAAAUAAUCCGUUCUGUCCAGCAAUGUUCACGUGUCACGGUAUCAUAAUGUGCAGCAGUUUAAGGCAGACUACAACAUUUUGGGGGUUAUUAUAAUAUGUUUUUGUUUUGUGUGUGUGUAUGAAAGAAUUAAGAAUGUAUGAUUUCAUGUCAGCAUAUAAGCUUUUUCUUUCUGUCUUUAGAUUUUAGACAUAACUCCUGGUAAUGAAAAACACUACCCACAAAAAACAAUUAUUCAAGCCAGUUGUAAAUCUCAAAGUUCUAAAGGAUUUAUGAAUAUUUUGAAUAGAAUUACCAAUUAUAAACUGAGUUGUACGAUAUAUUUUUAUAUGUGAUCUAUAUUAAAAAAAAAAAAAAAAAGGUAAAAAGACACAUUAUUUACCUGAUGGUCUCCAUGGUGGAAAUGUUCUCAUUUUAAACUUCACACAACUUAUGGCAUAGUAAAUAACAUCAAAAGUUCCGUCAUAUUUGUAUGUCUGUACCUUUAGUUAUUGAUGUUUCAAUAGGCAUGUCUCCUGAUCUUUUAUAAUCAUUAUGGACAGAACCAUUAGCGAUAAACUUGACUCAUGUCAGGUUUAUGUUUUGCAUCAGUACCAGAGGGUAAUGCUUGCCCACUUCCAUUCUGAGGUUGUUGAAAGAUUCUGUGGAAAAAUAUUUGCUCUUCCAAAAGAUCCCUGUAAGUGUUUUUUGGCUGUUUUGUAGAAUAUAGUUGGACCACAGCCUUUGGUCAAGGAAUGGUCUGUGCAGCUAGCCCAAUAAUCAAGUUUAUCAGAUACUCUCCAUUAACUAUUACAUUCAUUUUGUAGGCUGGUCCUUUUGAUGCAUUUUGGGUGUUUUGAUUUCAGGCAUUUUCAUUUCUUUAAAUGUUCAUGAAAAUUAUUUAACUGUGUGUGUAAUGUCAUCAUAAAUACAAUGUGAAAGAAAAAUGAACUUAGUCUGACCUUGCAACUGGGUACAUUUUCACACCAGGGUGUGUGUGAGUCGUGUGUGUGUGUCGUGUGUGUGUGUGUGUGUGUGUGUGUGUGUGUGUGUGUGUGUGUGUGUAUGAGAGCCUUUCAGCAGGCUUACGUGUAUCUAUAUUACAUGCAUCUGUAUUGUGUGGCGCUGGUCAAAUUGCACUGUUUUUUUCCAUGGGCAAUAUCAACAUCACUUGUGCUGUAAAUACAGCUUUUUUUUCAAAAUAUGUAUUAUUGAUGACUGUUGGACAUGAUGUUUGGAGCUGUAACAGAUUCUGGACGACUAGAUCUUUUUUUUUUUUUUUUUUUUUUAACGUGUUUUAUGUUUUAACUAUUUCUGUGAGACUUGGUUGAAAGGGAUUUUAUUUAAAUUCAGCAGUGAUCCUUUCCGGGGAAACAACCUUCCUUGUAUAGCUAAUGAGGCACCUCCCGUCUGUCAGUACAGUAAGCAGAUUUACUUUAUAGUUAUAUCAGGAUUCUGCAUGUCGAACAUUAUUUGUUAAGGGUAUUUUUUAUUAUUGUUUUUGUUUUUAUCUGGACAUGUAUUUUGAUGUCAAAGUAGUGGCCUGAACAAUAGGCACAAUUGUGAUCUGAUGUCAGUCUGGCUACAUGUUUACUGUGGUCAUUUACAUGUGUGCACAGUCUCAAUGUUGAACAGCUUCACUUUGAAUGUGACUGGACAUCAGUGUAUAGAAUAAACAUGUUUUCAGUAA